AUGCUUUGUGCUAUUAGUGGGAAAGUUCCUAGAAGGCCAGUUCUAUCACCUAAAUCCAGGACUAUUUUUGAAAAGUCGCUCCUUGAACAGUAUGUUAAAGAUACGGGGAAUGAUCCGAUAACAAAUGAGCCCUUAAGCAUCGAAGAAAUAGUGGAAAUCGUACCUAGUGCGCAACAAGCCUCACUAACAGAGUCUACAAACUCUGCUACGUUAAAAGCGAAUUAUUCGAUUCCGAAUCUGUUGACAAGUUUACAGAAUGAAUGGGAUGCUAUAAUGCUCGAAAACUUUAAGUUACGAUCAACUCUAGAUAGUUUAACGAAAAAACUGUCGACUGUAAUGUACGAAAGAGAUGCUGCAAAGUUGGUCGCUGCGCAACUAUUGAUGGAAAAAAACGAAGAUUCGAAGGAUUUACCCAAAUCCUCACAGCAAGCGGUAGCUAUUACGAGAGAAGAAUUUUUACAAGGGCUGUUACAAUCUUCUAGAGACUUUGUAGCGAGGGGCAAGCUCAAAGCACCCAAAUGGCCGAUUUUAAAAAAUUUGGAGCUAUUACAGGCACAAAAUUACUCCCGUAACAUCAAAACAUUCCCAUAUAAAGAGCUUAACAAAUCUAUGUACUAUGAUAAAUGGGUGUGCAUGUGUCGCUGUGAGGAUGGUGCUUUACAUUUUACCCAAUUAAAAGAUUCGAAAACGAUUACCACAAUAACUACACCAAAUCCCCGUACCGGGGGAGAGCAUCCAGCUAUUAUUUCCAGAGGGCCUUGUAAUCGUUUGCUACUACUAUAUCCAGGUAACCAAAUAACUAUAUUGGACUCAAAAACAAACAAAGUCCUCAGAGAAAUAGAGGUAGAUUCCGCCAAUGAGAUUAUAUAUAUGUAUGGUCACAACGAGGUCAACACAGAGUACUUCAUCUGGGCGGAUAAUAGAGGAACCAUAGGAUUUCAAUCCUACGAGGAUGAUUCCCAGUAUAUUGUUCAUUCUGCUAAAUCAGAUGUUGAGUACAGCAGCGGUGUCCUACAUAAGGAUUCAUUAUUAUUAGCCCUUUACUCUCCGGACGGUAUAUUAGACGUUUACAACUUGUCAUCACCUGACCAGGCAAGCUCUAGAUUCCCCGUAGAUGAAGAAGCCAAGAUAAAAGAGGUUAAAUUUGCAGACAAUGGGUACUGGAUGGUAGUAGAGUGUGACCAAACUGUGGUUUGCUUUGACCUAAGAAAGGAUGUCGGCACGCUAGCGUAUCCAACUUACACAAUCCCAGAAUUCAAGACGGGCACCGUUACCUAUGACAUUGACGACUCUGGAAAGAAUAUGAUUGCAUACUCAAACGAGAGCAAUUCGCUGACGAUAUACAAAUUUGACAAGAAAACAAAAAAUUGGACUAAAGACGAGGAGAGCGCCCUCUGUUUGCAAAGCGACACUGCCGAUUUCACUGAUAUGGACGUGGUAUGCGGAGAUGGUGGUAUUGCCGCUAUUCUGAAGACAAAUGAUAGUUUCAAUAUUGUUGCAUUGACACCCUAA